GGAGAAGGAAAGGAGAAGGAAAUGAAGAGAAGAAAGAAAGAAAAGGGGAAGAGAAGGAAGGGGGCUCGAGGAAGAGCUUCCAAGCUUGGGCUCAUCUAGCGGUUUCCUCCUCUAGAUAAUGUUGAAGGAGCAAAGGGGCGCGGCGGUGGCGCGGGCUUUGGAGGCGGAACUUCCGGGGGCGGGCCUAGGUUUCUUAGGGGAAGGGAAUGAACGAGGCACCCGUCAAACCCGGGAGCAGGAAGGGCCCAUGAGCGCCGCACUCCUGGUGGGCUACAGCAGCAGCAGCAGCUCAGAAGGAGAGGAUGAGUCCGGGUCCGGUGCAGAGCCUAAGGAGAGCGGCAGCCGUGGGCGUCCUCCCCCUCCCCCUCGGCUGCCCCUCCCAGACAGCGUCUUGAACAUGUUUCCGGAUUCAGAAGAUGAGCUGGUGGAUGAUGUUGAAAAACACGGCGGGAGAAUCCGCACCUUCCCCCAUGAAAGGGGGAUUUGGGCCACCCACGUCUGGGUGCCCUAUGAAGCAAAGGAAGAUUUUUUUGACCUGCUUGACAUCCUCAUGACCCAGGCCCAAAAGGUCCUGCCCAGGCUAGUAAAGAUGGAGGAGUUCCACAUCAGUCUGUCACAGAGUGUGGUCCUGCGCUACCAUUGGAUCACUCCCUUCAUGCAGUCCCUGAAGGGCCACAUGGCCCCCUUCUAUAGGUUCUUGUUCACAGCCAACCAGGUGAAGGUUUACACAAAUCAAGAGAAGACAAGGACCUUCCUCGGGUUAGAGGUCACCGCGGGGCAUUCCCACUUCCUGGACUUGGUCUCAGAAGUCGACAGAGUCAUGGAGGAAUUUGACCUGGCAACUUUCUACAAGGAGCCUUCCUUCCACAUCAGCCUGGCCUGGUGUGUGGGAGACGCGCGGUCCCGGCUGGACGAGGGCGUCGUCCGGGAGCUGCAGGAAACCGUGAACAGCUUUGACGACUCUGCCCCGCUGCUGCGCGUGCGGGCCGAGCAGGUCCGCUGCAAGUCCGGGAAUAAGUUCUUCUCAUUCCCGUUAAAAUGAGAGCCAAGCAGUGAGCGCAUGACCCUCCUGCCCUGGUGGGCCGGGGACGGAGCCUUCCUCUGGAAGGAUGAAGGAUAGAGGAGAAACAGCAUGAGCCCAGCUUCGUGGUUCCCAGCCCAUCCUGAUGGUGAGCCCUGGCCCGGGAGCCCCACUUAGGACCGCGAAGGGGGCCUCUGCCCAGAUUGGGGGCCUCCCCACCCUCUUCUUCCCAAGUAAGGGGCCAGUUCCCCCCGAUGCCCAGCAGAGGGCAGGGCAGUCCAUGAUUCCUGUCCUGAGUCUUCGGGCCUGGUGGGGAAUUUUUUGGGGUCACUUAGUGAACCUUUCAGCUGUUUGCAUUUUUGUGCCUUUGGCCUCCGAACAAAAUCUGAAAAAUUAUUAUUUCCACACCUCGCCCUGUCCUGCUCUGGUGUCCAGGUGUCUUAGAGAGGCUCUGUCCCUGCCCUUUCCCAGAAACUCCCUGCCCCAGUCCCACCCAGGCCACCCCUGAGUCAAGGGGGCGGCUCUGCCCCAGGAUUCUCCAGCACAUCCCCCUCACCCCCUCCCAGGAGCCCCACCAGGUGCCGGGGGAAAGCUUGAGCAGAUGCUUCUUGUGGGCUGGGCUGUCUGGGAAGAGCUCUCUGGAUCUCCCAAGGCUUCGGCCUCUGGCUUCCCAUGUUAAUUUUCCAAAAAAGAAUCUUUCCCAUGAAGGCCUUCCUCCUGGUGCUCCAAAACUAUCCCAGGUUCUGUCUCCUUGUCCCUUUCUGCCGGAUGAGCAGCAAGAGACAUUUUACAAGGAAGCGUUUAGGACCAGUUGAGGCCCUCACUGCUACUAAAAGAACCUGGGUUGUCCUGAACAAAUCCAGCUGCCACCUGGGUGUCUGGUACUGGCUGGUGGGACUAUAUCUGGAUAUUUAAAUGAUGUGAACUGAAAUGUUUGUUUCUGCUUCUUGGGUUUCGGGGAUAGCAUUUAUCAUCAAGGUGAAAGGAGAGACGUUUUCCCCUUUUUCUCUCACUGUCAUCACCCCCACUGCUCCCAGGUGUCAGGAGUCUGGCCGUCCAGUUUCCUCACGUCCUUUGCGUUGGCCACCUUCCAGACUAACACAGGGUUUGGCUUUUUUAGGAUCUAUUUAGCUAUCCUGCCACAAGCAUUCCCGAUGACACCUUGCAUUUGUAUGGGGCUUUCUUGAUACAGUGGAAGAGCUGAGCCUUAGAACUAAGCGGCCUUCCUUUGAAAUCUGACUGCUCUUUCACUGCCUUUGUGAUCUUAGGCAAGUUUGAAUGACUGUCUACCUCAGUUUCCUCAUCUAUAGAAUGAAGUGAUUGAACCCUAUGACCUCCAAGGCCCCCAAUUCUCCCACAAGCUUGGUAAGGUGACUAGGGUAAGAAGCAUUAUUAAUCUCCAUUUUACAGAUGGGAAAUUUAGGGUAAAUAAUUUGAGAUCCUUCACUUCUUUUAAAUGCAAAAUUUUAAUUCUUUUUCUUUAAAUCUCCAAAUACCCUUCUAAAGAUCCUUCGCUUCUUAAUAUCAAGUUCACUUUAUCUACCAUCUUGCCUCCAAGUCCUGGCCAGGUCAUUUUCUUUAAACAGUAUCUCAAGGAAUGGGGGCCUUGCUCCCCAGUACAUGCAGGAGUGAAGGGCUUUAUUUCAUAAAUCACCCUCCUUCAUCAAGACUUUUCUCACCAUCAUUUUGGAAUCUAGCACCGUUCCUUGUGCUAAUGACAGCUCAAGGUUACCUGGUUACCAACCAUACUCCUGGGCUUGGGUCAGAGAGAAUGAAGCUGGUCUUUUUUCGUUGACUUUUCGGGGAGCUGAGCCUGUUCAAGUUCCACGGCAACUGGUACCCGUAGAAAGCCCAGACUAAGGCAGACAAGCCGAGUCCCAAUUCCCUAUUCUGUUUGAUCCAGACCCGUCCUGGUCUCCCCGUUGCUCCUUUACCAUCUGGAUGAAAACAGUGUCUGACAAGUCAUUGAUGCUGGUGCUUUUCCACAAUCACUUGUGGGCAGUGACUGGGAACACAGAGUCUGCAGAAGACAAACAAAUCCUCUUAAGAGUGUUCUAGGAAACCGGUCCCUUUGGAGAGCCCUGCCUGAUGUUAUUAGGCAUUUCCAUUAACAACCCCAAGGAUGGAUUUUGCUAAUCAAAUUUGGGAAGGAUGUGGAACUGGAAGCCCAGCUGUGCUGAAUAGGGAAUUAGAGUGCAGCAUGACUUUGAGAAAUGGGCCAAAAUCAAUAAGAUGAAAUUCAAUGGGAGAAUGGAAAGGAGCUGAUAGAGGCAGGAAAUAGGAAAUUCACUCGGAGAUGGGGAGGCUGGCCGGGCAGAAAAAUGACAGAGCAUCGGUGGGGGAGCUUGGCUUGUGCCCAGCUCAGUGGUCCCCUGGAAGAGACAGGAUUCAGGGCUCUGCAGCUUAUGUUAGAGGAUGAUAAAAAGACUUGACAAUCGGGGAUCAUUGAACACCUCCGGAAAAUGGAGAAAGAGAGCACAGAGGGAAAACAAUAAAAAAUUCAAUUUUGUGAUAGCCAUUUUUUGGAUCCUUUUUGUCAUGGUUAAUUUUUUUUUUAAAAAAUCAUGACUCUCCUCAGAUGUUCCCUGCAGAGGAGGAAAAGCAUCCUGGAUUGUUAGAGAGCUUGGGGGGGAGGAGGGGGAGAUUGGCCCUUAUACACCUGGAAAAUGCCAUUCUCACACCUCCCCACCCCCGCCUCCGUGCCCCACCCCCAGCCCUGUAUCCAAGAGAGAAAUUAACACAACUUGUUUAUUCUUUCUCCAAACCGGGAGCUGAAACAAGCUCCUUGGGGCACUGGCCCUGAAAGCCCAGCAGGGGGUGCUUUGUAAACAGCACAAAUCUAUGCAUUGGGCUGGGCCCCAAAGCUGAGAGAUCACUUUUUAAGUAGUUGUUCUCAAAACUGUGGCAAACAGCUUCAGAAAGGAAAUCCUAGAAUCAAUAGAACAUGGGGUUCUGGAAGACCCUGAGAGGGUACCUUGUCCUCCACAUUACAGGAUGGUAAAUAAUGCUACAGUUUCAUAUGGAAGAGGGAUUCGAUUUUGACCUAAAUGAUCAGAAGGGUGAGCCAUGGGUUGGAAUUGGCCAAAAAACCAAAUUUAAGCUUGAUGUCCAGUGAGAAGAACCACUUUCUAAUCAGUAAAGCUAUCCAAAUGGGGACUGAAGUUCCUCUGGAGGCAGUGAGGGUCCCCCCCUCUCUCUGGAGAUCUUUGGGCAAAGGCUAGGUGAUCACUUGGGUAAACUGUAAAAGGCUUUCCCCCCUUCCCCCAGAUCCCCUUCAACUUGAAAAUUCAGUGAUUCUCCCAAGAUAUUCUUCCCAGUAGCUCCUUUUUCUGCCAACACUGUAGCUAGGCCACUUACCCUCUCAACUCAUCUAUGCACUUUCAUAUCUGAAGUGCUGUCCCAAGAAUUUGCAAAUCAGCUCCUGCCCCAUUGAGCUAAAUAGCCAGUAAGCAAGAUCAAAAUCCUCCAGUUGGGUGAAAGGAAGGGAAAGUACAUGUAAUAUGGCCUUGCUUUUCCCUCCAGGCACUUUCAUCCAUGGAUCACAGUUUUAAGCCAGAGGGGCCAUCUAGCCCUUCCUAUAGGCACUUAUUCCUUAAUAGGGCAGCUUUUGGGAAACAUUAGGUACAUUCAGUGCCUUCCCUGAUGACAAUCCCCAGAAACCCCUCCCUUUGUUGUUGAUUGCUAAAAGUUGGUAUUACACAAGUGUUUUGUUCCAUUUCCCUUGAAAAAUGAUAUCCCUAGAUUUGGAGCUGACCUCAGAAGCCAGCACCUUUUUACAGAUGGGGAAACUGAGGCCUAAAGAGAGAGCAAGCGAUUUGGCCAAAAUCACACAGGAAAUAAGUAUCAGAGUUGGGAUCUGAACCAGGUUCCCCUUCUCCAAGAAUAAGCUCUCCUGAAUUUUGGGGGCAGAACUGAGCUGCUUACAUAUUGUAGCCUCCUCUGCCUAGGCGGGGCGUGGAACACUACAGAAACUCUGCUCCUCAGCAUUUUCCUGCUCAUUGUCAAACAUUUGUGAAACUGACCUCCAAAAAUUUACCUACGUGCUCCCAAUCCCUAGGACCUCUAUAGACUGGGCAGAAUGAAAAUCUGGGUGUUUUGCCGUAGUUAUCCUGUUGAGAGACGUUCUGUCCCAGAAAUAUAAGUCAUCCAGAGGAGAGUUAACUCACAGAGCAAGAAUUUCAUCAUAAAUAAGAACUUUGCAAACUUUUUUGACCCAAAGCCCUGAAGUACACUGUUUAUGAUAUUCAAAGCCCCUCUUCAGCAGUAUAAAUGAAUAGCUAACUUCCAUCGAACCAAAUAUUUUUCUCAAUGUGGUUGAUUUUGAAUAAAUGUUAUUGUUAAAGAUUAAAACAUAUUUCUGUCAAA